AUGGUCAUGGGAGCUCUUCGCCAUUUUGAGCCAAUCUCCAAAUGCAGCACCGAGGGAAGGUCUAACCAGACUGUGGCUGCAGAUCUAGAUGGCACCCUUCUUGUGUCAAGAAGCGCCUUUCCUUAUUUCUUUCUUGUUGCUCUUGAAGCUGGAAGCAUGUUAAGAGCAUUAAUACUUCUAGCGUCAGUUCCAUUUUUUUAUUUCAUCUAUUUGUUCUUAUCUGAAUCGGCAGCCAUCAAUAUGUUUAUUUUCAUUGCCUUUGCGGGGUUGAAAAUUGGAGACAUUGAGCUUGUUUCCAGGUCUGUUCUUCCCAAGUUUUAUGCUGAAGAUGUUCAUCCUCAAACUUGGAAGGUGUUCAACUCCUUUGGAAAGCGUUACAUAAUCACCGCCAAUCCGAGGAUCAUGGUGGAGCCAUUUGCCAGGGCCUUUGUGGGGGCAGAUAAAAUUUAUAGGGACAGAAUUACGGGAGCACUAGGAAGGAAGGUUGACGCCUGCAAAGUGGAGUACACUGGACCUACUCGAUCUCAGUGGAUGGCGCCUGCAAGAAACCAAGAAGGAGGUGCUCAACGACCACACAAAGGAGAAGAAAAAUCACGUUUGGAGGUCACUGGGAAGGAGUGA